UAGAGAGUGAGGAGGGAGUGAAGGAGUGUGGAAUUGCUGAGCGAGAGAGUGAGACACCGAGUGAGCGAGUGGGUGGUGAGUUGGCGAGCGUCAGUUUCUGGUGUCGCCGGGAGAUGGCACGACUAUCGGCGCUACUGCUACUGGCCGUGACCUUGACCGUCGGGUCAAGGUCACACGCCGCCGACCAGAAGCUCUACAGGAUUGGAGUCGGCAUUGGGGACAUCACCGGGCCGGCGGCAGAGAUUAUCAUGAUGGGCUACGCCAACAUCAACAUGGUCAACCACGGCAUCCACACGCGGCUGUACGCUCGUUCCUACAUCGUCUGUGACGACGUCAGCGACUCUGGCACCGGAGACUGCGCCGUGUUCGUCAACCUCGACUGCGGUAUGACGGCGCAGAUCGUCAAAAUGGAG